CGGGACGAUGCGCGGUCCCUGGCCCCGGGAGGCGGCCGCCCUGGGGCCGUCGGGAUGGAGGUGAGAAGGCGGCCGUGACGCCCGCCCGCGCGAACCCCUGCACCCCAGCAGCCCACAGCGCUCCCUGCCCCCCUCCCCCGCGGCAGAGGGCCUUGCCGUCCAGUGACAGCGGCCUGGGGGGGCAGGGGGGGCGGGGGCGGCCGGACCAGCGAUGCCGGCGGGCAUGACGAAGCAUGGCUCCCGCUCCACCAGCUCGCUGCCGCCCGAGCCCAUGGAGAUCGUGCGGAGCAAGGCGUGCUCGCGGCGCGUCCGCCUCAACGUCGGGGGGCUGGCGCACGAGGUGCUCUGGCGCACCCUGGACCGCCUGCCCCGCACUCGGCUGGGCAAGCUCCGGGACUGCAACACACACGACUCGCUGCUGGAGGUGUGCGACGACUACAGCCUCGACGACAACGAGUACUUCUUCGACCGCCACCCGGGCGCCUUCACCUCCAUCCUCAACUUCUACCGCACCGGGCGGCUGCACAUGAUGGAGGAGAUGUGUGCGCUGAGCUUCAGCCAGGAGCUGGACUACUGGGGCAUCGACGAGAUCUACCUGGAGUCCUGCUGCCAGGCCCGCUACCACCAGAAGAAGGAGCAGAUGAACGAGGAGCUCAAGCGCGAGGCCGAGACGCUGCGCGAGCGCGAGGGCGAGGAGUUCGACAACACGUGCUGCGCCGAGAAGAGGAAGAAGCUCUGGGACCUGCUGGAGAAGCCCAACUCCUCGGUGGCGGCCAAGAUCCUGGCCAUCAUCUCCAUCAUGUUCAUCGUCCUCUCCACCAUCGCCCUGUCCCUCAACACGCUGCCCGAGCUGCAGAGCCUCGAUGAGUUUGGCCAGAGCACGGACAACCCGCAGCUGGCCCACGUGGAGGCCGUGUGCAUCGCCUGGUUCACCAUGGAGUACCUGCUCCGGUUCCUGUCCUCGCCCAAGAAGUGGAAGUUCUUCAAGGGCCCCCUCAACGCCAUCGACCUGCUGGCCAUCCUGCCCUACUACGUCACCAUCUUCCUCACCGAGUCCAACAAGAGCGUGCUGCAGUUCCAGAACGUGCGCCGCGUGGUCCAGAUCUUCCGCAUCAUGCGCAUCCUCCGCAUCCUGAAGCUCGCGCGCCAUUCCACCGGCCUCCAGUCCCUGGGCUUCACCCUGCGCCGGAGCUACAACGAGCUGGGCCUGCUCAUCCUCUUCCUCGCCAUGGGCAUCAUGAUCUUCUCCAGCCUCGUCUUCUUUGCCGAGAAGGACGAGGACGACACCAAGUUCAAAAGCAUCCCGGCCUCUUUCUGGUGGGCCACCAUCACCAUGACGACUGUUGGGUACGGAGACAUCUAUCCCAAGACUCUCCUGGGGAAGAUAGUGGGGGGACUCUGCUGCAUCGCGGGGGUCCUGGUGAUCGCUCUUCCCAUCCCCAUCAUCGUCAACAACUUCUCCGAGUUCUACAAGGAGCAGAAGAGGCAGGAGAAAGCYAUCAAGCGAAGGGAGGCUCUGGAGAGGGCCAAGAGGAACGGCAGCAUCGUAUCCAUGAACAUGAAGGACGCUUUUGCCAGGAGCAUUGAGAUGAUGGACAUYGUGAUUGAGAAAAAUGGAGAUAAGAAGGAUAAACUCCAAGACAACCACUUGUCUCCCAACAAGUGGAAAUGGACAAAGAGGACACUGUCUGAAACCAGCUCCAGUAAGUCYUUUGAAACCAAGGAGCAGGGAUCCCCCGAGAAGGCCAGAUCAUCUUCCAGUCCUCAGCACCUGAAUGUCCAGCAGCUGGAAGACAUGUACAAUAAGAUGGCCAAGACCCAGUCCCAACCCAUCCUCACGACCAAGGAGUCUGCCACCCAGAGCAAACCAAAGGAAGAACUCGAAAUGGAGAGUAUCCCCAGCCCCGUAGCCCCUCUGCCCACCCGCACGGAAGGGGUCAUUGACAUGCGCAGCAUGUCCAGCAUCGACAGCUUCAUCAGCUGUGCCACAGACUUCCCCGAGGCCACCAGGUUCUCCCACAGUCCUCUGGCUUCACUGCCCACCAAGGCUGGGGGCAGCAUGGCUCCAGAGGUGGGCUGGCGGGGAGCCCUGGGGGCCAGCGGGGGCCGGCUGGGGGAGGCCAACUCCACCCCCGACGGCAGCCACUCCUCGAGCUUCCUCAUCGAGAGCCCCAAGAGCUCCAUGAAGACCAACAAUCCCCUGAAGCUCCGAGCACUCAAAGUCAACUUCCUGGAGGGGGACCCCAGCCCCCUGCUCCCCGUUCUGGGGAUGUACCCCGACCCUCUUAGGAACAGGGGGGGCGCUGCGGCCGCCGUCGCCGGACUGGAGCGCGCCAGCCUCCUGGACCAGCCCGUGCUGAGCCCGGAGUCCUCCGUCUACACCACGGCAAGUGCUAGGACGCCCCCCAGGUCGCCCGAGAAACCCUCAGCAAUAGCAUUCAGCUUCGAAGCCGGCGUCCACCAGUACAUCGACGCCGACACGGACGACGAGGGUCAGCGGCUCUACAGCGUGGACUCCAGCCCUCCCAGGAGCCUCCACGGGGGCACCAGUCCCAAGCUCAGCCUGGGCCCCAGGGCGGACAAGAACCACCUCGAGAGCUCCCCGGUGCCUACCUCCCCCAAGUUCCUUCCGCAGAACUGCCUUUACCCCGCGGAGGCGCUGACCGGCAGGGGCCCCGGGGCCCAGGAGAAGUGCAGACUCGAGAACCACCUCUCCCCCGACGUCCGGGUGCUGCCCGGGGGAGCGGCCCUGGGGAGCAGCAAGGAUCAGAGCAUCUGAACUGGCCGCGGAGGCCAGCGCGCAGGUGAGGCCCAGGGAGGGCGGCGGCUGGCUGCCUGCCGCAGAGCUCUCCCGGGUGGACAGAAAGUCUCUGCCAAGCCCCCAGGGACUCCGGAGAAGGUCCCCUAAGACCCGGAGAGCCAGGACAGGCCCGUCAGCAUGAAACCGGCCAUGCCGGGGGGACAGCGGCUCCCUGUGACAACCCUACUGCCCUCUGAGGGAGAUGACAGGCGCUCACAGCCACCACCACCCCAUCGCGACCUGACUGAGGCCACCCACUCCCCACUCUUCUCUCGAGGCUGUCCGUCAUGGCCUCCGAGGGCAAGUGUCCAUCGCCCCGGCUUCCGCGGGAGGAGAAACUAGAACCAGUGGCCGUUGAAAGAGUGGGUUGGCCGAUUUGGUAUGGGGUGUGGCGGGCCACCUCCAGGCACACCUGCCCGUCGCCUCCUGGAUGGAUCCGCUGUCGGAAGGCCACUGAGAAAGCCUGUGUCGCCGCAAGUCAAGAUCCCCGCGCAGACCUCACUCAAAAGACUUCGCGGACUCCAGGGUCCCGUGGAGCCUGAGGUUUUGCGUUGAGAUGUCAUCAGGGUGAGUGGCACCAUCUGUACUCAAUUUCACUUGCCCCCCGCAGUCUGGGAAGGGUUCAGAAGGAGGAACUUCUGAGUUUGGCCUAGGGAUCUAGGAGGAAGAUGCUUCUGUGCUCGCUAGGGUAGACUGGAAAGAUAUGCAAGUGUCAAAUAUGCAAAAGAAGUAGCUACUCCAAGAGACCGUGUGCUACCGAAGAACAGCAUCAAAUCCAAUUUCUUUUUUUUUUUUCUUUUCUUUUUUUUUUUUUUUUUUCAACCUGCAAAAAUGCAAGGGAAAGAACGCCCUCAUUGAGAUGCCUCACCCGGACUCCUGAAUGCCUCCUGCUACAGCGGGGAGAUCACCUACUAUGAUAGAGAGUUCUUUUUGUUUCCUGUUAUAUUCAAGCUAAAAAAAAAAAAAUGUUAAUAAAAAGCACUUUAUGUUUUUCAAAAAUAGUUCUACCAGGGACAGUGUCCACCUCUUGCACUUUAAACAAGCACUAUUUCC